AACCAAGGAGAAUGGUGGCGAGGGGGGGUCGGCCCGGUCGGGUCGGGGUGGCGGCGGAGGCGACUGUCUUUGGGGUCCUGGUUUUUGAUCGCCAGUGCAGCGCUUACGGUGCUGGGAUUGCUCAUCCUUGCCCUCAGAUCCAUCGAGCCUUCCGCCGACAUCAAUGAGACCACCCACCUCGGAAUUCAAGAAGAAGAAGAAGAAGAAGGAGAAGAAGAAAAGGCAAAGGUUGUGAAUGAUAGCAAGGGAGGAGGAGGAUGCGCAACGGUUGAAGAGAUGGGGGAGAUGUUUGGGAGAGGAUCUGGAGAGGAGAGUCUCCGAGCCAGGCAAAUGAUCCACAGUCACUUUCGUCUCAACGGUGCUCCAACAGUCCGAGCGCUGCCUCCGGAGCACUUCUGUAGACAUGGUUUUGUGUUAGGAAAAGCAUCAGAAGCAGGGUUUGGUAAUGAAAUGUACAAGAUCCUAACUGCCGCAGCUAUAAGUGUGAUGUUGAACCGGUCUUUGAUUAUCGGGCAGACCAGGGGGAAAUAUCCUUUUGGAGAUUACAUUUUGUAUUCGAAUCUUUCCUUUACCUUGGCGGAAGUCAAGCAUCUGUGGAGGAUGAAUGGUUGUGUAGCAAAAUAUGGGAGACAUCUUGUUAUGAGGAUUGAUGAUUUUCAGAAGCCGUCACGAACUAAUGUUCUAUGUGGCAAUUGGAGGGAGUGGCACCAACCCAUAAUAUGGUUCCAGAAUACCACAGAUGCUGUGGCUGCUCAGUUUUUCUUGAAGAGCAUGCACCCAGAGAUGAGGAAGGCUGCUUCUGAUCUUUUUGGAGAGCCAGAAAAUUUGCAGCACAGACCUAAUGUAUUUGGGGAGCUGAUGAGAGUGCUUAUAUCUCCUUCGGAAAUUGUAGAACAUGCUUUGAACUGGGCCCUUAGUGGUGGUGCUGAUCCUGAUAUUGCGGUGCACAUGAGGAUGCUUAUGAAUAGGUCUGUGAGAGCUGUGUGGGCAGCUCUGGAUUGUGUUAGGAAGGCUGCCGGCAAACUAUCUUCCAGGCCCAAAGUAGUAUUAGUUUCUGAUACGCCUUCUUUGCUGGAAGAUAUUGGACCAAAUCUUAUGGAAUUUGCAGAGGUUCUUCACUUUGACUAUGAGCAUUUUGAAGGAAAUAUUACUGCACCAAAAGACAGAUUAAGUAACUGGAAUCCGAGGGUAAGGGAUUGUCCUGCACCCAGAUGGGUUGCCUUUGUUGAUUUCUUUCUUGCAUCACGUGCAAAACAUGCUGUGGUCUCUGGGGCUCACAGGCGUGUCGGGACAACCUAUGCUCAGCUGAUUGCAGCACUGGCUGCAGCUCAGAGACUUGGGGACAACUCCACUGCCGGUUCAAGUUUUACUUACCUCAGUAGCUUCCAAAGUAAUUUACUUUCGGAAGGUUUAAGGAAUCAGAUUGGCUGGGGGCAUGUGUGGAAUAGAUUUGCUGGUCCAUUAAGUUGUAGUCACCAGCCAAAUCAAUGUGCAUCUACACCAAUUCUACCUCCCGCCUGGUGGGAUGGACUUUGGCAAUCACCUAUUACACGGGAUGUCAAGAGGAUGGAAGCAUAUGGCAUUCGACUUUCUGGUUUGGCAACAGUUGACGAGGACUACUUGCACUCGUUCUGUAAUUCAAGGAAGAUUUCGACCGUAACUGUUACACUGAUUUGAGCGUUUUGAAAGUUUUACUAUGUUUCUCACGUAUUGCAAACUCUGGUACUCGCUUUGAUCUGAUAAAGGAGGGGAGUGGUAGAUAUCAAGGCGUUACAGGAAGCCAGUAGUACCUUUCUGGUAUGGAGAAUCUGAGCGAGGUAUUGGACAAAAUUUUCUUGUCAGGCUAGAAAUCGUUGGUUAAUCGUAUGAUGGAUUACUUGCAAGUUACAAAAUUACUUUUUUUUUUUUGCUUGGGUUGGUUGGGUCUCAAGAUCCUAGUGGUCUGAUUGUAGAAGAGCAAUGUAAGACGGCUUGAAAGCUUUUCUGUUCCCAGCAAAUACAAUUUCCAUUUUUGUAGAAGCAGCAAAAGAAACAAGUACUCCUAUGUAACCGGUGGAAUUGGAUUCAAUUGAAUGGGAUUCUUCAUUUACCUGUUUGGCCUAAA